AUGGCUACUACCUCCUGCCCACGCUCUUCCACGCCCAGAAUCAUCCAGUGGUUCAUCGACACCCGCCCCCUCUGGCCCGUCCCCAAACAAGCGAAUGCCCGAGACGAAGUCUCCCACCUCAAGACCAUCGCAUCAGAAGAGCUCUCACUCUUGUCGGAGUCCGAGCAAAGUUCCGUCCUCCGGUACUACCACAUCCGCGACGCCAAGACCAAACUCGCUUCCCACCUUCUCAAACACUACUUCGUCACCCUGUUCUCCCCUUCUCUUCCCUGGGCAGACUCAAUUAUAUCUCAGGAGACGAACGGAAAACCUUUCUACCAAUCCUCGUGCCCGGAACGGCGAUUGGAUUUUAAUGUCUCCCACCAAGCCGGCCUCGUCUCCCUCAUUGGCGCAGUUGGGUUCGAGGGGGAGAGAGAGGUAGGCACGGAUAUAGUCUGUGUCGGCGAGAGAGAGAAGAUAGACUGUGAAUAUAUUGACCGUGAGGGACUGUUUAGGUGGAUCGAUAUGCACGCUGAGGUUUUUUCUGAGAGUGAGUUGAGCGAGAUGAGGUUAGGUUCCUUGCCUUUAUCCACUCUCCUCCCUUCUUCUGCUACCGAGAUUGGAACAGAGGAGGGAGUAGAGAUCGGUGGGUUUGCAAGGGACAAGAUUGCGAGGUGUCAGAGACGGGAUCAGGAGGUUAGCAUCAGGGUUGAAGGGGUGGAAGGGGGAGGGAGAGAUGUGGUGCUCAAAGGAGAGGAUGUCGUGAGGGCGAAAGUGAGAAGGUUCUAUGCGUUCUGGUGCUUGAGGGAAGCGUAUGUCAAGAUGACGGGAGAGGCUUUGGCGGCGCCUUGGUUGAAGCAGCUUGAGAUUCUGGGGGUGCGAGCUCCUGAGCCUGGGAACCCAAGCGAGACCGAAGGGGAUCUGAAAGAAGGAGAAACGGUAAAGGACUUCCGGAUCGCCUUCAAAGAGAAGCAGGUGACGGAUGUCAAAAUGGAGCUAUCUGCUCUGGGCUCGCAGUAUAUGAUUGCAGGGGCGAUGAGGAUACCUAAGGAAUCUGGGCACGGAGAGGUGCAGAUGGGGGCAUGGGCGAAGCUGGACCUGAGGGAUAUCUUGGACUUGGCUGCGCAUAGAAGAUAG